AUGACCCUCAAGGUCGAGGAGGUCCUGCACCACGAGAAGAGCAAGUACCAGGAUGUGCUCAUCUUCAAGUCCACCGACUAUGGCAACGUCCUCGUCCUCGACAAUGUCAUCCAGUGCACUGAGCGCGACGAGUUCUCCUACCAGGAGAUGAUUGCCCACCUUGCCCUCAACUCCCACCCCAACCCCAAGAAGGUCCUCGUCAUUGGUGGCGGUGACGGUGGUGUCCUCCGUGAGAUUGUCAAGCACGACUGCGUUGAGGAGGCUACUCUUUGCGACAUUGAUGAGGUUGGUCCCUGAACGCCAUAUAUACACCUAGAGCUCCUACGCAAUCUCUCCGGACCCAAUUGCUAAGCAGUAUCCGUAUACAGGCCGUCAUCCGCCUCUCCAAGCAGUACCUGCCUGAGAUGUCCAAGGGCUUCGACCACCCCAAGUCCAAGACCCACGUUGGCGACGGCUUCAAGUUCCUCGCUGACUACAAGAACUCCUUCGAUGUCAUCAUCACCGACUCCUCCGACCCCGAGGGCCCUGCCGAGAGCCUGUUUAAGAAGUCGUACUUCCAGCUUCUCCACGAUGCCCUGCGCGAGGGCGGUGUCAUUUCUACCCAAGGUUGUAGGUUCCCUUUUCUUUAUUGUGGAAAGUUGUGGGGUCCCUAG